AUGGGUGGGAGCAGCUCAAAGUGCGACCCGCCGGCGCCGUCUCCCCCGCCGCCGACGCCGCAGCCGCCCGCACCGGCGGAGGGGCGGGGAGGCUUUGCGGUGCCGCGCUCGGCGGAGGAGAUAGCCAAAGCGAGGCGGGCGCAGCGCGAUGCGGAGGCGGCGGCGGCGGCGGCGAUCAGCCGUCCCGUGCUCGCCGAGACGGCGCCGCACGAGAGUAACGUGCAGCGCCCCUCCGAGGGCGAGCCCGACGAGUGGCUUGCGGCGGCGGACGGCAGCUUCAGGCUCGUGAGCCCUUGCCGCGGCGGUGGGGCUGGCCCUCGCCUCACCCUGACGCUGGUGCGCGGGGCGGCGGGCGAGCCCUUCGGGCUCGACGUGACUUCGACCAACGUCGUCUCUCGAGUGAGAGAAGGCUCUCCAGCAGCCGCUGCGGGCGUGCGCGUGGCAGACGUCGUCUGCUCUGUCGCCGUGUCUGCAGCGCGCGAGGGGAGCAGCGGCGCGGCUGCAGCAGGGUGGCAGGGCAUCGUGGUCGACCUCGGAGGCGCGCGGGUGGUUGGCAAGCUCGCCCACGGCGCCGCAACGGACGCCCUCACGCUGACCGUGCUGCGCUGCGCGGAGGCGGAGGGCGGCGAUGGCGCGGCCAGAGGCUCUGGCAUCGAGACGAUAUAG